ACAUCAGGAGCACAUCCUCUACUUUGCGCUUCAGAUGUUGCAGUGCGGUUUCAGCUCUACAGAACUUGUGUGUGUGUGUGUGUGUGGUGAUCAUCGGAGUGUGUUGUCAUCAUGUCGGACAUGGCGCACGAGCCGUCGGACUUUAAGGACAUGGGCGAAGAGGAGCUGUGGGAUCUGAUUAACGACAACAGGCACGCGAUCUCUCUGGGAGUGCGCCCGUGCGUGAUCAUCCCGUACCUGCGGCAGGCGCGCGUGCUCAGCGACCUGGACGAGGACGAGAUCCUCACGUGCAUCAAGUUAAACAACCGCAGCAUGAGAACCAGUCACAUGCUGGAUCUGCUGCGUAUUCAGGGUCGUAACGGAGCCGUGGCUCUGCUGGAGGGUCUGAUGAUCCACUACCCUGUUCUCUACACACAGGUCACCGGCCGCAAACCCAGCACCGAGCCCAGCCGCUUCAGUGGGUUGAUCAAGUACUCGGAGCUGACGGAGUAUCUGGUUCGGGCCGUGACGGGGAUGCAGAAGGAGCUGCAGGCGGAGCGUCAGGAAGCGGCUCUGCUGCGCUCGCAGUGUUGCAGCCUGCAGACGGAGCUGGCCAGAGUCACACAGGAAGCAAAGGAGCAGAAAAACCUGCAGACUGAACACACACGCCUGCAGAAGUCCCAUGCAGACAUGCACAGAGAUCUGUUGAAGCUGAAGGAUGAGAAGUGUGAUCUGUAUGUACGAUACGCUGCGGCUGUGGAGGAGAAAUCAGAAGUGAACAUUCGUUGCAGAGAUCUCACUCUGCAGGUGUAUCAGCUGCAGUGUGAGUUGAGAAAGGCUCAGACGGAGACAGAGUUUCAGAGACAUCGCUCAGUGAAGAGAGCGUCCUCCAUCGAGACACAGCAGCUGCGUGAUGAGAUCAUCACACUGCGCAGACAACUGCAGCAAGCCGAGAACAUCACACCGGCACACCAGGAAAUCCUGGCUCAGGAUUUGGCAGAAGCGAGGGAUCGGCGCUCUGAACUCGCUGAGGAACUGCGGAGGCUUCAAGACGAUAACGAGGCUCUAACGAGAGAGAGAGACGAGCUGUUGGAGGAGAAGGACCGUCUCUCUCUGCAGGUGCAGAAGUUGUCUCUGGAUUGUGAGAUGUAUCAGCAGAAAAGCUCCGUGUUUCAGACUCAGUUUAGCGAGCUUCAGGCCGAGCGAGAUCGGGCGUACCUGUCCCGGGAUGAGGCGCAGGCACAGAUUGCGUGCAGUCUGGCGGAGAAGGACACGUUGAGAGCUCAGCUGGUGGAGCUACAGGAGGAGAUCUUCACCCUCAGAGCACAUAAGACACAGAGAAACUCGAGUCAUAGCAGCGAGCGGUCGAUCAGCUGGGACAGCGGUCGAGAUAUGAGCUGUGACAGUCCACCGUCCAGCCCCAUGCAUCGCCCCCGACUGCGCCGCAUGAACGCCAUGCCGCCCGGCUGCUCCAACAGCUUCGAGUACAUUAAACAGUACAUUGAUGAUGGGUUCAACAGUACCAGGUCCAGUUUGGUGGACCCUCCGUGUCCUGACUCCAUGCGCAGGAGAGACACAGACCCAGAGUUCAGCGAUCACAGUCCAGAUAUGAUUGACGAUUCUUUCUGUAUGCUCAACCUGGACCACGACUUUGGUCUUCUUUGCAAAGAUUUUUCAGGCAUGGGGAAAACCUCACCAUUAUCACCGUCUCCUGACUCCCCGGGAACAACCAGCGUGUCUCGGGCGUCUGCUCCUCCGUUCCUGGUGCGUUCUCGUCCUCAGGCUGUCCGCAUCACCGGCCGAGCUCUGACCCUGUCCUUCCAGGGGGAGGGGCUGCUGAGUCAGCUGGAGGUCAUCGGGGGCAACAAGACGGGUGUCUUCAUCCAUAACGUCACCCCAGGCUCACCGGCUCACAGCGUGGGCAUCAGCCCCGGGGCACAGAUCCUGGAGGUGAAGUUUCAGACAGAGCAGCGAGCUCUCCGCAUGCAUCUGGAAGAUUCCACCAUGGAGGAGGCUCUGUGGGCGCUCGGGCAGGUCAAGGGAACCUGCAGCCUCUCACUGCGUCCUAAACAAGAUGCCUAUCAGAAUCUUCUCCAGGAGCUGAAGAUCCGUGAGGUCACCUCAGGUGACUCCUUCUAUGUCCGAGUGAACAUGUCGCUGCCAGGGGGCGGGGCCGAAAUUCUGUCCGUCACUUGUAACGACAUCCUGCACGUGACAGACAGUCACUACGGCUCCGACGGCUACUGGUGGGCGAGUCACGUCCACGGCUGCCAGCUGAUGGACCUGAAGAGUGGGCGUGUGCCGAAUUUCUACAGAGCACAGAGGCAGUUAAUCCGAGCCAUCGAGGAUCUUUCCUUUCAACAUCAGGCACCCAGAAGGGUUGAGAGAGCGCAGGUGAAGCAGAAGGCUGUGCGGAUCGUCAGUACAGCUCGACAGGGCAGGAACCCGCUGUGGGUCAGUGUGGAAGAGGACAACAACACAAACUCAUCAAAUGAUGAAGGUAAGCCUACCUCAAUGAGCCUGAUGCCCUACACACUGGUGACUCCUCACUACCCCCCUGUGUGCCGCCCCGUCCUCCUGCUUCCCACAAUCCUCAGGGGCAUCGUACAUAAGCGACUGGCUGAGCAGAAGGGCUACCAGCUGUGUGAGCCAGAGACUCUGAGUGACUCGGAACACGCGGUGCGCAUGCAGAAGGGCGAGAUUCUGGAGGAGUGUGAGCCGAACACACACAGCUGUUACACCGUGCAGGGAGUCGAGAAGAUCAUGAAGCGUGGCACCCACUGUGUUCUCCCUCUAGGGUUGGACUGUGUACGGCGGCUGCAUCGCGCUGAGAUUUUCCCCAUCAUCAUCUUCAUCGCUUCUACAGAACGAAGUGCUCGCAGAUUCAAACAGAAACUUCGUCAGAACUACAUCACCGAGUCUCAGCUGCUGGAGUGCUCCUGGAACGAGGAGCCUCUGCUGGACAAGCUGCCCUGCCUGUAUCGCAGCGUUCCUCCCGAGAGCUGGAGCGACACCGCCGGCCUGCUGGACAACGUGCAGCACAUCAUCCAGGAGGAGCAGCGCAAGAUCGUCUGGGUCGAGCCGGACCUGUGGUGACCGACCAGCGCUAACUCAACACUACACAGAAGAAAGAAAAAAAAAACACUACAUACAUUCAAUUCCUGACUUCAGCCUCCGUUUGUCACAUGACCACUUCCCCUUUCGUGGUGUGUAAAUAUAUUAGAGAAGUUUUGAAAUCUGUGCCGAACAAACGGGUGUGAGAACCGUCCGGGAGAUUCAUGCUGAAUAUCUCAGUCUGGAUGAAAAGAGAAAGAGAAAAACAUCUCUUGUAUGAUGUCACACAUCUGAUGUAUGGUCCAUGAGGAACAGAGCUUAUUUCUUUAUUAUUAUUAUUCAUAUAAAUAUCUUCAUGUUAAUGUUAUUUGCUGGUGUUGGUUAGGGAGCCGAACAAGUGAAGUGGAAAAUCUCACUAAAGUUUAACAUCUGGAGUUUAAUAUUUCAUAUUUUUCUGCCUCUCUUCUGUUACUUUGAAGAAAUUCAGAUUAAUAUAUAAAGGUUUUGCUAGCAUGCAGUAAUGCCUGGAAUGAAGGGAAUGAAGACGCGUGUGUGUGUGUGUGUUUGUCGAACAGGGUUUUUCCCUUUACUACAUUUGUUCUAUCCUUUAUUCCAGUUAGACUCUUCGUGCUGUUGGGUUCGUUCUGAUAGACACUUAUAUUUAGCAGGGAAAUUUUUUUUUCUUUUUUUGAGUUUGUCCCAGCCUGAAAUGUUUGCACUGUUAUCAUGAUGUCUGAGUAAACAUCUGGACACGUCUGCUGGCUCUAGGGCUAAUUCUUAAAAAAAAAAGAAAAAAAAAAGAAUCAGAAA